AUGUUUGGGAAGGAUAGAUACGGGUUCCUUGAAGAAAAUCAGAUAAGUAAAAUUGACGGCAACACCUAUCAGGGGUUAUCACAGCUUCAAACGCUGUACCUUUAUAGAAAUCAGAUAAGCAGAAUUGACAGCAACACUUUUCAGGGAUUACCACAACUUCAGGAACUGUAUAUAGGAGGAAACCCAUUUGAUUGUACGUGCGAUUUAGAGCCGUUUACAGUGUUUAUGAAGAGAAAGAAAAUGCUGCCCUAUAAUUCAUGGGCUGAAGAACCUAAGUGCAACUCCCCAAGUCAUUUAAAUGGAGAACAGAUAAUUGACGUUCCAUUCCAUAAUAUGAGCUGUAGUACACAAUAUGAAACAACAAUUUCCAUACGCAUGACCACUGAAUAUGAGACUGCAAAGCAAACAGAAUAUUUGACAUCAACGAAGAGUGGUCAACACACGCCUGGUAUUUUUCUUAUGUGA